UUCCUACCCCUGGGGGCCCUGAUCCAACGGUUUCGGGUGGGUAAUCGAAAUAUCGUCCUGGGUUACGACUCGCCGGAUGACUACCUACAAUACGGAGGUCCUCAGUUUGGUAAGACCAUUGGAAGAGUGAGCAACCGGAUUGAAAAUGGUAUAUUUGAGUUAAACGACGUGGACUAUCACUUGCCUCAGACAGAUGGAUACCGCAACACCACCGAUGGAGGCGUGCGUGGAUGGGGCAUGCGCACGUUCCAGGGACCCACCAAGGCGGAACGGAAUGAUCUAGAUGCUACGCUGUUUACUUAUCGAAGCGAAGACGGCGAAGAAGGCUUCCCAGGAGAAGUCGAACUCAAAGUCUGGUACAUGGAGAGCCAUGGGCGCACGGCAACCGGGAAACGGACAACUGUGUUGAUAGUUGAGUACGAAGCUGAGCUGACAAGUGCCGAGCCCGAAAGCACUGUCAUCAACGUCAGCAACCGCAGCUAUUUCAAUCUGACCGACGAGCCGUCUAUAGAAGGCACUAAGGUAAACCUCUGCACGAGGAAAUAUCUCCCAGUCGACAAAAGAGGCAUACCAAUAGGAGAGAUCUCCGAUUUCAGCCCUGACGUUACCGGGGAAAUUUCCCUGGGGGCUGACGAACCCAAAAUUGAUCACUGUUUUGUGACGGAGGACAAGGGCGACCGGACGAUGGACACGCGGAGCAACGAGCUCAAAACGCUAGGUUCAUUCAGCAAGGGGAAUAUGCAUCUUAAAGUGCAAAGUACGGAACCGGCAUUCCAAUUCAACACCGGGGACCAUUUGAAUUCUUCGGAGAAUCCACGGUAUGGCCCUCGUGCGGGUUUUUACAUCGAACCUUGCAGGUACAUCAACGCCAUAAAUAGCCCAGAGUGGCGAAGCAUGGUGAUCCUCAGACAGGGAGAAAAAUAUGGCUAUAAAAAUGUCUACACGGCUUGGGAA